UCCGUCAGGAUAAUUGAAAGGCUCAGAGGUAUAUCUGACAGAGCUGGUGUUACAGCGAUCAUUUAAUCUAGAAAUGCACUUAUAGGGUAAUAAACAGAUUGAGAAACGUUUUAUAGCUUGUUUAUUUUUAUUUAAAGAAAAAAAAAAAUUAUUUGCCGACUCUCUAAGGUGUAAAUUUGUACUUGCAGUUAAUAAAAGAUUAGUCACCACUCACCAAAGAGGGAUGAAGAAAAUCUACUUUUUUACCGACUUGUUUCUAUUAUUCGUAGCCAGUGAUGCGAGCGCGUGGAUCGUUAACAAUGCGACUGACACCCUCAUUGGAGCCAAUAUCACCAAUAUCAAUACAUCGGAAGUGAGGGAUGAAGGAUUGGCAUCCACCAUGCCCAGAUCGAGGCGAAAACGUUACAUUUCGCAGCGUGACAUGAUAGCUAUUCUGGACUAUCACAAUAAGGUGCGAGCGAAUGUUUUCCCACCUGCCACCAACAUGGAGUUCGUGGUUUGGGAUGAUGGCCUGGCCAGGUCUGCAGAAGCUUGGGCAGCAACCUGUAUUUGGGAACAUGGACCGCCAUACCUUCUCCGGUAUAUGGGUCAGAACCUCUCAGUACGAACUGGCAAUUACCACUCCAUUCUUCAGCUGGUUAAACCAUGGUAUGAUGAGGUCAGAGAUUAUGUGUUUCCAUACCCACGUGACUGCAAUCCCCGUUGCCCUAUGCACUGUUAUGGACCCAUGUGCACACAUUACACACAAAUGGUGUGGGCGUCAACAAACAGAGUUGGAUGUGCCAUUCAAACCUGUUACAAUAUGGUUGUGUGGGGUGCUGUGUUGAGGGAGGCAACAUACUUGGUCUGCAAUUAUUCACCAAAGGGCAACUGGAUUGGUGAAGCACCUUACAGAGUUGGUGUACCGUGCUCAGCCUGUCCUCCUAGCUAUGGAGGUUCAUGCAGCAACAACAUGUGCUUUCCUGCCAUCAACUCAAACUUCAUGUACUGGUUUAAAUAAGCUGCCUGCCAGAUAUUUAACGCUACUGAGUGAAUGGGGUAUUACAGUGGCUUACUGUCUAUUCUUUUGUGACAUCUAUGCAUUUGGUACAGCAGAUGUUGCUUUUUGUAUGUGAGAUUCCAUAAAAUGGUGCUAAUGCCAAUACAAUCUUAACAUCACUGUUUUAGACACAACCAUGCUCAUGGAUUAGAUUAGUUAUAUUUUCCUCCACAAGUCUGUGCUGGUGAUCAUUCUAUGGGUUUUACAACAAAGUUUAUUAUAUAUUCCACACUGUAAAAAAAAUCCUGUUGUUUUUACAAAAUAAAUCUGGCAUCUGUGGUUGGCAGAAUAAUUAUGUAAAAAAUACAGUUAAAAUGUAAACCACUUUACAGAACAACCUGUACAGUUUACAGUUUAAAAUGUUUGUAAUUGAUAUGCUGACACUGUAAAAACAAAUACAAAAUUCAGUUAAAUUUACAGAAUCUGUAAAAAUCUGUUGUUUACUUUAUAAGGUAUUUGUUAAUCACCAUAGUGACUACAGAAGGGUAACAUGAUGACAUUAAGUUCAUCAAUAGUGCCUCUUCCAGGAGCAAUAAACUUUUAGAGACAGUACUCAAUAUCACUCACACAAACACUAAACACCAUCAUGGUAACACAUGAGAUUUAAAUAAUGCAGUAAACAUUUACAUUUAUGCAGAUGCUUUUAUCCAAAGCACUUAUUACAGGGACAAUCCCCCCAGAGCAACCUGGAGAUAAGUGCCUUGCUCAAGGACACAAUGGUGGUGGCUGUGGGGAUCGAACCAGCAACCUUCUGAUUAACAGUUAUGUGCUAUAGCCCACUACACCACCACCACUCCUAAUCCACUCUUAAUGUGGCCCACUAUAUAGCCCACUACACCACCACCACCACACCACUCUUAAUGUAAUUUAGUUAAUGUAAACAUUAACUAAAUUACAUUAAAUAUAACACAGAACACCCCAGUGUUACUAUUCCCAUCAAAUAUUAAGUAACUAUUACCAUCAAAUAUAAUGAAAUGUAAUGUGUCACGCAGGGAAUUAUGGGAAUGCCCGAUUACUGUAAUUUUAACAAUAAUUUACUGUAAAAAAAAAGUACAUGUACUCUCUUGUUAAUCCAUUAAUUAUACAGGAAAUCUUUUUAGAAAUGUUUUUUAUUUUAUUGUAAAAACUAAUGUAUUGUCUUUUAAAAUAUAUUAAAAUGUAUAGUUUCAGUGUAGUUUCUGUUGUAACUGCCACACUGUGGUUUUUGUAAUGAUAACUUUGAAUGUAUUUUCAGGUCAUCAGAAAGCAUGUAAAGUUCUCAUACCUCUGUUUUCCUAAACUGUGGUGUAUGUCUAUGUGUGGGUGUUUUUGUUUGUGUUACAUAUAAUUGUUUAGAUUGGGAAUUGAUGAUAAAUGAUAAUGAAACGGUGCUCUUCUGUGCCAAAGAUUGUUACUCUGAAUGUGAUUUGCUUUUCUUUUCACAUAAUAUUUUCUGUACGAUAAUAUUGUACUAGUUACACUUAUAUGAUCUCAGAUUGUGGCCUCUUCCCUAACUUCCACACCCAAGAAUGUUUUAUAGUUCUCUUGAGGGGAGGAAGUUGAUCUAAGCUUGUCAAACCCUGUUAAGCUAUGUUGUGACUAUAUAAUCUUUGUGAACAUUUACAUAAACAUGAUUUUUUUAACCAGCAUAUUUUACCAAACAGUUUCCUCAAUUAGUGACUCACUGAGAUGGUUAUUAACUUUAUUGAGCACCUGUACAUUCCUAGCAGACAAUAGCAUAGUUAUUGUUUAUUUUUAUUUUUUAUGAAAAAAGGAAGAUCAUAUGCCCUUAUUUGUAUUACAUAUUGCACUGAGACUAUUCAUUUAAGCCCAAACUGCAGUUUGUGUAGUUUAAGUCCUUCUAUAGGUUGUAUGUUGAAUUAAAGAAAUCUUUACUUAUGAGCAUGUGUAUUUUGGGGUAUGAUUGUCUGAAAAGAGAUGCUGUUAAAAUUAUAGUUCACUUAAAA